AUGCUGAAUAUACAGGAUCUCGAAGCGUUAUUCCAGACUCAUUAUGAAGGGAAGUCAUUGACGGAUCCGAUAAGCACUGCAAAGGACAAAUGGAAUCUUUUACCGGCCUUUCUCAAGGUGAAGGGCCUUGUAAAACAGCAUAUCGACUCCUUCAACUAUUUCGUUGAGGUCGAAUUGAAGAAAAUUGUACAAGCCAACAAGAAGGUUUUGAGCGAUGUGGAGCCUCAGUUCUAUCUGAAGUAUACCGAUAUUUGGGUUGGUUCUCCGGAGCGUCUCGAUGCCGACGGCGAAGAUCAGAUUACGCCAAACGAGUGCAGAUUACGGGACAUGACAUAUGCAGCUCCCGUCUUUGUCGCGAUCGAAUAUGUUCGAGGAAAGUCUGUGGUCAAACGGCCAAGAGUGCCAAUAGGUCGGUUGCCGAUUAUGCUUCGAAGCUCAAAGUGUGUUUUGUCGAACAAGUCCGAAAGCGAGAUGGCAAUACUUAACGAAUGUCCUUUGGAUCCCGGCGGAUACUUCAUUGUGAAUGGCACCGAAAAAGUUAUCCUCGUUCAGGAACAACUGAGCAAGAAUCGAGUAAUUGUCGAGGCUGAACCCAAGAAGGGCAUUGUGCAAGCUUCUGUUACCAGUUCUACCCAUGAGCGCAAGUCUAAAAGUUAUGUGAUUCUCAAAAAGGAUCGAAUAUAUUUGAGACACAACGUCUUGAAUGAAGAUGUCCCGAUUGUCCUUGUUUUGAAGGCGAUGGGGAUCCAAAGUGAUCAUGAAAUCCUACUUCUCGUUGCCGGAAUUGACAAUGUCUACCAAGACGAUUUUUCUGUCAACUUUGAAGAAUGUGCCAAGCUUGGAGUCCAUACCCAGCAGCAGGCUCUCGAAUAUCUCGGAGCUAGGAUCAAGAUUACAAGAAAGCCGAUAGGCAGCGGAGCACUCAAACGUAAUUAUACGCAGGAAGCUCUUGAAGCCCUGGCUUCUGUCAUCAUCACUCAUGUACCCGUCCGUGGACUUAAUUUCAGACCUAAGGCAUUGUAUGUGGCAUUCAUGGUCAGAAGAGUGCUCAUGACUAUGCACGAUCCAAAUAUGGUGGACGAUCGUGAUUACGUGGGAAAUAAGCGGCUCGAGCUGGCCGGACAGCUCCUGUCUCUUUUAUUUGAAGACCUGUUCAAAAAGUUCAACCAUGACCUGAAAAUGAAUAUUGACAAGGUGCUCAAGAAGCCCAACAGAACUCAAGAGUUCGACGCUUUUGAGCACAUGCAGGUCCAUGGGAAUUAUAUCACUCAAGGAAUGAAUCGAGCAAUAUCAACGGGUAAUUGGAACCUCAAGCGAUUCAAAAUGGAGAGAGCUGGUGUCACGCAUGUUUUAAGUCGUUUAAGUUACAUCAGUGCUCUCGGCAUGAUGACUCGAAUCUCUAGUCAGUUUGAGAAGACUCGAAAAGUCAGCGGGCCCCGAGCGCUCCAGCCGUCUCAAUUCGGCAUGUUGUGCCCUUCAGACACACCGGAAGGAGAGGCAUGUGGUCUUGUCAAGAACCUCGCGCUGAUGACACACAUCACUACGGAUGAUGAAGAAGCCCCAGUUAUCAAACUUGUCUUCGUACUCGGUGCUGAAGACAUCGCCGCCAUCAGUGGAAGAGUAGUCUAUGGACAAGGCGCUUACAUAAUUUUCAUCAAUGGAACCCCUAUUGCAUUGACAAGGCAGCCCAAGCAAUUCUUAAAUGGCUUCCGAAAGUUUCGACGGAUGGGUCGUGUAUCCGAAUUCGUCAGUAUAUACAUCAAUCACCAUCAUCAUGCCGUUCACAUUGCCACCGACGAGGGGAGAAUUUGUCGGCCCCUUAUAGUUGUCGAAAACGGUAAAUCUCGAGUGACUGCUCGCCAUCUCCAGGCUCUGCGCAAAGGCGAGUUACAGUUCGACGACUUUCUUUCUCGAGGACUUGUGGAGUAUUUGGACGUCAACGAAGAAAACGAUUCGAACAUAGCGAUUUACGAGAAGGAUAUCAAUCCGUCCACGACUCACUUGGAAAUCGAACCUUUCACGGUUCUCGGUGCCGUGGCUGGGCUCAUUCCCUACCCGCAUCACAACCAAUCUCCUCGGAAUACCUACCAGUGUGCCAUGGGUAAACAAGCAAUAGGCGCGAUCGCCCAUAACCAAUUCCUUCGAAUUGAUACACUGCUUUAUUUGAUGGUAUAUCCUCAGAAGCCAAUGGUGAAGACUCGGACCAUUGAGCUUAUCAAGUACGAUAAGUUGCCUGCUGGGCAAAAUGCAACAGUUGCCGUAAUGAGCUAUUCGGGGUAUGAUAUUGAAGACGCGUUGGUUCUCAACAAAGCCUCUUGUGACCGCGGCUUUGGUCGAUGCCAAGUGUUUCGAAAGUAUGCCACUCAAUUGAAAAAGUAUCCGAAUGGGACGAUGGACCGUGUUGGUGAUCGACACGAGGAGAACGGCGCCCCAAUUAAAAAGCACGCGCUUCUCGACACUGAUGGGCUUGCUGCUGUGGGGGAUAAAGUCAGUAGCGGAGAAGUAUACAUUAUGAAACAGACGCCUCUCAACACGUCAGCAUCGGGUUUGGGUUCCGAUUAUGGCACAAACGAGUACCGGGACACUCCAAUGACGUAUCGACUGCCCGAUCCAUCGUAUGUUGAUAAAGUUAUGAUUUCGCAGACUGAAGCAGAGGCAACACUCCUCAAAAUCCAAACACGCCAGACACGACGCCCUGAGUUAGGAGACAAAUUUUCGUCCCGCCAUGGACAGAAAGGCGUUGUGGGCAUCAUCGCCGAACAAGCUGAUAUGCCCUUCAACGAUCAAGGCAUCGUUCCCGAUAUCAUUAUGAACCCUCAUGGAUUUCCAUCGCGAAUGACCGUUGGCAAAAUGCUCGAGCUGGUAUCGGGUAAAGCUGGAGUUUUGUCGGGAAAUUUGCAGUAUGGAACUGCCUUCGGCGGAAGCAAGGUCGAAGAUAUGGGCAACAUCCUUAUCAACAAAGGCUUCAGUUACUCUGGAAAGGAUUAUUUGACUAGCGGGAUUACUGGAGAGGCUCUUCCUGCUUAUGUCUUUUUUGGUCCUAUUUAUUACCAGAAGCUCAAGCACAUGGUGCAAGACAAGAUGCAUUCUAGGUCUCGUGGACCUCGAGCUAUCCUAACCCGUCAACCAACGGAGGGUCGUUCCCGAGAUGGUGGACUUCGUCUUGGUGAAAUGGAACGAGACUGUCUUAUAGCCUAUGGGGCAUCUCAAUUAUUACUCGAGCGACUCAUGCUCUCUAGCGAUAAACAUGAAGUUGACAUCUGCGAGACUUGCGGGUUGAUGGGAUAUCAGAAUUGGUGUCAGAACUGUAAGAGCUCGAAGGCGGUUGUCAAGAUGAUGAUUCCGUACGCCGCAAAACUACUUAUUCAAGAAUUAUUGAGCAUGAAUGUCUUGGCAAGGCUGAAAUUAGAGGACGAAUUCCCGGCAUAG